AGCUUUUUAUGCAAAAUAAUGUUAAUGACCAGCUGUAUGCAUCAGCAGUAGUAUGAGCAUGCGCAGUGUGCGAAAAGAAGACGGCGAAGAUUCAAAGUUUUUGUUCAUUUUAUUUGCCUGAGGCCAACCAGAAAAGAGGAACAUGUUUGGCUUCCAUAAGUCGAAGAUCUACAGAAGUAAUGAUGGCUGUUGCAUCUGCAAGACCAAGUCCUCCAGCUCACGCUUCACAGACAGCAGUAGAUAUGAGGAGACGUUCAGGCUGUGUUUUGGACUCUCUGAGGACCGUGUCGGGGACAUUUGCAACGCGUGUGUGCUGCUGGUGAAGAGGUGGAAGAAGCUGCCCCACGGCUCCAAGAAGAACUGGAAUCAUGUGGUGGACGCCAGAGCCGGUCCGGGUUUCAAGGUGACAAAACCGAAGAAGGUCAAAAACAGAUUCAGACGCUCACAGCACCACCUCCAGCAUGUCUCCGGCUCAGUCUCCCAGCUACAGCAACCAGUCGGACGACGGCUCAGACGUGGAGUCCAAACAAAGGCGCUCGGCUCCGUCCAUCUUCUCUUUCUUGGAUCGUUCCUACUGGAAAAGGCAAAAGGUUUGUUGUGGGAUUAUCUACAAAGGUCGGUUUGGAGAGGUGAUUAUCGAUCCCCGGCUCUUCAAACCCUGCUGCAGCUCGAAAAAGCAGAAGUCUCUGGCGCCCGCACAGGUGUCCACACUUCCUCCACAGCUACCAGAAGACACAAAUGCCGGUGAAUGCUUUUGUUGAAUUCCCUCCGUGGGGCUAUUCGUGGCAUCCACCUGGAUUUGUCUCCAGUGGCAGACCUCAUUUCUAUUCUCCCUUUUAGAUCAGUUCAUGUCUAUUCAUUUGUUUUCAUAUGGGUAUUUUUAAACUUAUGUAUAGAGUUGAGUUAUUUGUUUUAUAAAAAGAAGAAAAAAGAAAAAAAACUUUGGGGCAUUAGUGUUAUUUAUAGGAUUAAGGACACAAAUGUUAAAAGUUUAAUUCUUUUGUUUUGAAUUGUUUUUGUUGAUUAAGUGAUCARUUAUUUGUAAAUAUUGACUUAUUUUGCAUAUCAGAACUGCUCGAUUUUAUGAAACUGUAUAAAAGACACCAGCAUUUUCUAAUACCAGCAUUUUUGUUGUUGCUGAAGUGGGUCUUCAGCUCCUUGCUGCAAUGUUUUUUCUAUGUGAUCCUUUAUACAUUUAUUUUUUUAAGUACACAAAUGGCUUUUUAGUAACACCAGGGAUAAUUGGCAAGUGUCAUUUAAUUGUUCUAAUGUGUAGAUGAGGRGUGUUAUCCCAUGAACAUAUACACAGCUUUAGCAUGCCACAAGUUUAAAACACUUAUUUUUUACUUGUUCAGCCGUUUGUGCACAUUGUGGUUAGAGCGUGCAUGCAGUACACCCUCCUCUUGUUGGAAAAAAACAGGUGAUUUUAUUUGUGUUUUGUAAAGUCUCAGCUGAAAUGACAUUGUGUGUUCUAAAGCAAACGGUUUUAAAAGUUUUGUAAAUAUAGCAUUUUGGCUCAUGGUAUAUUCCAAUCUUUUUUUUUUUUUAAUGACAAAAACAGCAAACCACUACAUGUGAAAGGUGUGGGGAAACAAUUACGCUAAGCUAGUUUGAUCACGUUCCAUUUUCUCAGGCAUAUUUCCCUUAAAGCUUGUGCUGCAGCUCUUUGCUCCGUGCAGUCGUGCCGUUAACUACAACCGGAGAAGCCGGACAUCUGACUUCUYUUUUUAACGAUUCCCUCAUAUUUUAAUGCUCUUAGAAGAAUGUGUUUGUCAAAAGAAGCAAUUGUCAACAUUUCAAACUAUGCAGACAUUUUGAAUGUGAGGAUUGCUUUGGGGCUUUCUAUCACUUUCUCUUUGAAGAUGGUGAUGGAUUUUUUUUAAAUAACCAAAUUGGCUUGUAAAAAGCUUUUUUUUCUCUCAGCAAUAAUGUUACAUGAUCAAGUCAUUUUCUCAAAAUGUUAUGUAUGCCAUGUUAAAAAUAAUGCUCUUAUUGCACAGUUCUUGUCAUGGUGUAAACUGUCACUGCAGUGACGACGGUUGAUUUAAUUUUUUUCUUUUUUAUUUACAUUUUGUAACCAAACUAAAUGAGUUGAUAGACAUUAUUCUGUAAAGUUGCUUAAUAUAUGUAAACUGUUCUGCGGCAGGGUAGAUAAAUGCUGAACUUUUWAAAAAAUGAUUCUUAUUAAAAAGGACAUGCUGCUUCCUUUUUAGCUGGAAAAUAAGCUGUUUUUGUAUCCUUAGGGAGAUGCCAUAUUUUUUGCGAGGUACAUUUUGAGAUGCAAGGUGUGCCUUAUUGAAUUACCUGACCUUUCCAUUGUGAUUUGUUUGUAAUUUAUAUUUAUUUAUUAACGCAAKCUUUUUUUAACUAAAAUUUUGAGGUAAUUGGUGUUGAGCCUUUUCAGAAAGUUCUUUUUUUAUGUGCACUUCCUUUGAACGUGUAUGUUUUUUGUAUACUGUACCACAAAGUAGAACUGUAUAAUAAACGUUGACCAAAAAAAUG